UUAAGUUUAAAAAAGUUGGUGGGAGCAAUACUAAAUGAUCAAAAACUAAGGGGUCAAAUUUGAAACUUUAGAAAAACAUUCGUCCUUGUUACGGAGCCGAUAAGAAGAUAACACUAGAAAAGCGCUCUUGUCUGUGUGCGUCGGAACUGAAUCAGCUUCGUAAUGGCUUCUUCUACAGCUUUGUCUCUUUCAUGGAGCUCUUCUCUUUGCUCGUCUCACAGAUUCAAUGGCGUCGCUAAUGAAACCCUAAAACUAUCCCAGGGAAGGUCCACUUUGGAGGUUGUUGCUCAGAAGAAAACCAAAAAGCUCCGGAAGGUAAUCUUGAAAGAGGAUGUGUUGGAUUUGGGUAAGCAAGGGCAAUUACUUGACGUGACAGCCGGAUUCUUCAGAAACUUCCUGUUGCCUACGGGAAAGGCUCAGCUCAUGACUCCGAUUCUGCUCAAAGAAAUGAAGAUGGAGGACGAAAGGAUAGAGGCGGAAAAGCAAAGGGUGAAAGAAGAGGCGCAACAACUAGCGUUGGUAUUUGAAACCGUUGGGGCUUUCAAAGUUAAACGAAAAGGCGGUAAAGGCAAACAGAUAUUUGGAUCUGUCACAGCACAAGACCUCGUCGACAUCAUCAAGGCUCAGCUCCAAAGGGACAUAGACAAACGCAUUGUCUCUCUCCCGGAGAUUCGUGAAACCGGAGAAUACAUAGCCGAACUCAAACUUCACCCGGAUGUCACUGCCCGAGUUAGGCUCAAUGUUUUCGCAAACUAACCCUUCACAAUAGUCAAGACUACUACUACAAUCCCAAGGUUGCAGGAACAUAGAGAAAAGGGAAAAGAGAGUGGCGAGGAUUAAAGUUUGUGAAGGUUUUUUAUUGUAGAUCUUUGCUGCAUUUUCUAUUUUUACUAUUUUAUGAAAUUUGUUUUGGAAUCUGAAAAUACUAAGAGAAUGUAAUAUUUUCUUCAAGUUAUAAUAUUUUGUUCAAGUUAUCUUGUAUUCAUUUGUCUGUUGAAGUAGAGAGACGCUUAAAUUAACACCAACAAUCUGUAAAAACCUAACAAAUAACCAGAUUACCUGUCAUGUA